AUGAGUGUUAAUUGUUCACCCUGUGCUUCCUGCAAGCUCCUGAGACGGCGUUGCUCCCAGAAUUGCAUCUUUGCUCCUUAUUUUCCUCCCAAUGAUCUUCACAAGUUUGCCAUGGUGCACAAGGUCUUUGGAUGCAAGAAUCUUACAAAAAUGCUACAGGAUGUUCCUGUUGAGAAAAGAGAAGAUAUAGUGAAGAGUUUAGUUUAUGAGGCAAAUGCAAGAGUGAGAAAUCCUGUGUAUGGUUGUGUUGGACUAAUAUCUAACCUAGAAAUUCAAGUUUCUGAGUUACAAACGCAGCUUGCAGUAGCUCAGGCGGAGAUUCUUACAAUGAAAAUGCAGCAAGAAUUUACCUUCAACAAUGGUCGUAUAUCACCAUGA